CAGUCACAUGAGCACCCUUCUACCUUGAUCCUGAUGGUUGUGUCGGAAGUUGAUUCAGAUAAACUAGAAGGGAGCCGCUGUUUAGAAUGGGGACACUAAAUGAAGAUUGGACAGUGCUUGUUCUUACCUGUCAGUACAAGGACAGUGUUUGUGCCUUUCAAAAAGAAUUGGAGAUAAGGCAGCGCAGAGGCAUUCUGCCACCCAAGACUUUGCUUCUUACUGUGGAGGAUCCCCAGGCCCACAUUGGAAGUGGGGGAGCCACACUAAAUGCACUCUUGGUGGCUGCAGAACACUUAAGUGCCAAGGCUGGUCACACAGUGGUUUCAUCAGAUGUUCUUCAGGAAGCACGACUUCUCAUACUGCAUAUGGGCCGGGACUUUGUGUUUGAUGACUGUGGCCGGGGCUUUACUGUCCUUCCAGUGGAAGAUUCUCAGAAGCCAGUAGAAUCUUUGACAUGCAACCUAGACAGUCUUCUGGACACACUGCGGCACCAGCUGUGUCCAGGGUCUCCGCCUGGUGUGUGGAUCUGCAGCACUGACAUGGUACUGACUUUGCCAUCUACUCCACAAAUAAAUUGGGAAAACUUCAGAGGAGCCCGUGUCAUCUCAGUACCAGGCACACCAGAAUAUGCUAAGGAGCAUGGCGUUUACUUGGCUGAUGAGCAGGGACUUGUGAGGGACAUCAUAUACCGUGGCUCGGAGGAAAGAAUCCAGCAGUGCAUCAUGGGCAAUCAGAAGGUCCCCCUGGUAUCAGGCAUUGUGUUCCUCUCCUCAGAGACUGCUGAGCGCUUCCUUAGCACCCUUGUGUCUCCUCCACUGGAUGGCUGCACUUACUUGGGCCUCGAUUCAGGAGCUGAACCCUUGGAGGUGUCCUUGUUCUUGGAUGUUCUGUUGAGCAUGGCACGGGAUAUCAGCGAGGAGACAUUCUUGCAAGAGGCUCCUGCAAUCAGUGACACCCCCAGACCAGUUGAGAGGACACGGAGUGCCAGGGCCCUGCUCUGGAAGGAGCUGCGUGACCUCCCCCUCACUAUGGCCUACAUUCCUGAUGGAGAGUAUGAAUAUAUGACCUUUCGCCCUCGGGACCACAUUGGGAACCUGACUAGGGUUGCUACACAGGGACCACCUUACAGCAACGUGGCACAUUCCUUCAUUAUGCAUCCCCUGUUGGUAGAAGAUGGAAGUGCAGUUAUUAACAGCCGACUGAUGGGAGAAGUAUCUGUCAGCACAGGGAGUGUGAUACAGAACUGCCAGCUACAGGGUCCUUUGUUUGUGGACAGUGGGUGUCUGCUAACAGGCAUUAACCUAACAAUAGGGUCAGAGCUAAUUGGGCACCAUCUGAAUAACGUUAUAUUGCAAGGUCACCCCAUUCAGAUCCACGACUUGUCCCUGACUGUAUAUAGCCUUCUUGGGAUAGAUGAUGACCUUCAGUGUCCUGCAGGGAGCGGCUCUGCCACAUACCUUAACCAUCGAUGGGAGGAGUUUUUCUACAGGACAGGUAUUAGUGAGGGCAAUCUAUGGGGCUAUGGUACUACACCCAGUGAGCACAGUUUGUUACAUGCUCCAUUAUUCCCUGUUCUUCAUCCUUCGGAGUCCCUGGGCAUUGGAGAUGUGCUUUGGUUUUUGGGGUCAGAAGUCAGUAGCAGAGAUUCCAAAAGUUACCUACAGCGUUGGAAGAGUUCUUGGCGCAUGUCCUGGCAUGAUUUGCGGCAGCACCGGGAUCAAGAAAGGGUACUACAAAGUCGCAGGGAAGUUUUCUUCAGCCAGGCUCAGGAGAAGCUGCAAAGAGUGUUGUUCGCCAGGGAGGAGCAGAGUCUGUUACCUAUAAUUAAGGCUGCAGUACAAGAGGGGAGCCAGGAGCUGCUGCUGACAACACUGGAUCAUGUGGCGUCUGUGGCUGAGGACCCAGGAAUAGCAGCCAGAGCUUUGGCUUGUGUAGCUGACUUGCUGGGCUGUAUGGCAGAAGGGGAAGGGGGACUAAGAAGUGGACCAGCAGCUAACAAGGCCUGGGCUAGUGGCUACCAGCUCCUAGAGAAGGGCAACAUUGCUGAUGGUGUGAGGCAGCUUGCAAGGGAGCGUGAGAAAUGGCUAAGCAGACCAGGUCUUCUGCUUCGUGCUGCUCGUCAUUAUGAAGGAGCUGAGCAGAUCCUGAUUCGCAGAGCCGUAAUGUCGUCUGGACAAUUUGUCUCAGUUAGUCAGAAGCAUCUUUCCCCAGAAGGACACUGGGUGUCUGCAGAGUGUCCAGCUCGUAUAGACAUUUCUGGUGGCUGGAGUGACACCCCACCCAUCACUUAUGAGCAUGGUGGUGCAGUAGUGAAUAUAGCUGUGCUGGUAGAUGGACAGAGACCUAUGGGAGCUCGUGCAAGAAGAAUAUCCCAACCAGAGCUGCUUCUUUUCAGUGACAGUGGCCCAAAAGGAAUGCAACUACAUACUCAGGUGACGUGCAAGAGGCUCUCAGAUUUGCAAGACUAUUGCCAACCCCACGCGCCAGGGGCUCUUCUGAAAGCAGCAUUUAUUUGUUCUGGUACUGUGGACUUAGCAUCCCAGAAAUCUUUGCAGGAACAGCUGAGUGAGAAAUAUGGAGGAGGCUUUGAGCUGCAUACAUGGUCAGAUCUUCCACAUGGUUCUGGUUUGGGUACCAGUAGUAUCCUGGCUGGGGCAGUGUUAGCCGUCCUUUAUGAGGCAUCUGGAAGGUCAGCAGAUGCAGAGUCUCUGAUCCAUGCAGUUCUACAUCUGGAGCAGGUUCUUACUACAGGGGGCGGCUGGCAGGACCAGGUUGGUGGCCUUAUACCUGGAGUGAAGAUUGGCCGCUCAGCCCCAGAGUUACCUCUUCAAGUGCGAGUUGAGCAAAUCAACCUACCUGAUGGCUUCCUCGAGACUUUAAAUAAUCACUUCCUCCUAGUGUAUACAGGCAAGACGCGCCUAGCACGUAAUCUCUUGCAGGAUGUUCUGCGGAAUUGGUACGCCCGACUUCCGGAUAUUGUACAGAAUGCAGACGCUUUGGUGAGCAAUGCAGAGCAGUGUGCCAAAGCCUUCUGCACAGGGGACCUGCCUCAACUAGGACACUGUCUGACCCAGUACUGGAAGCAGAAGAAGCGGAUGGCUCCAGGGUGCGAGCCAGCGGCAGUACGCAGGAUAAUGGAUGCCCUAGAGCCAUAUGUGUAUGGACAGAGCUUAGCUGGUGCUGGUGGAGGAGGGUUUUUGUACAUCCUAACAAAGAAACCAAAACAGAAAGAUGUUUUGCUGGAAGUACUAAAAAAUACCCAGGGCUUAGAAAGGUGCACUCUACACACUGUCCAACUUGACAUGGAAAAAUUCACUGUAAGUUUGGAGGAGGAAAAGAGAUGAAUUCGUAUAACGUAUAAGACAGGUCGACAGCACAAGGCAACCCAUACAUGGCUUUAGAAGCCAAUGUAAACCAGUCGCGAGAUGAUCUUAAUGAGCUUUUAUUUGUAAAGAAGCUACAUUUCUCUGUGGAAGUGGCUUGGGGAGUACUGUACAUCAAACAAUGUAGAGAAUCAAGGAUGGUACAUUUUAGAUUAUUCACAGCUACUAAAGGGUGAUCUGUAGGUUUUUAUUUUUACUCUUGGAUGAGGUGAUAAUGAUCAACAAAAUCAAGGUUUGAUUGCAAUAGAUAAAGAACUUGUAUUUUUUAGACAUAAAAUAAUAUAAAAUUGUACUGAUUAUUAUACUAAAUGAAGAAACGUGUAAUAUAAUGUUGAAAGUCAAUUUACAGUGACCACAUAAUAGAAAAAUGUAUUACUGCUCCUAAGGAAAUUAAGAAACAUUUCCUAAAAUGCUGUUGGUGUGCUCAAAAUUAAUUUCAAGGCAUAAACUAUUUUCAGGUUCUAAAAGCCAAUGUGUAAAUUUUUCUUUCUUGAUUCAGAUAGAGCAUGCAAUUUUAAGCAACUUUCAAAUUUACUCCUAUUAUUGAUUUUUCUUUGUUCACUUGCUAUCUUUAUUAGAAAAAAAAAAUGCAUCUAAGCUUCUUUUUUUUUUUUUGGUUCAGUACUCUGGACAGCACUUUUUUUAUUGGUGGAUGAAUUUAUCCACCAAUCAGCAAGAAUAACCCAGGUUAUUCACCAAAAAUGGGCCGGCAUCUAAACUUACAUUCUUGCAUUUCAAAUAAAGAUACCAAGAGAAUGAAGAAAAUUUGAUAAUAGGAGUAAAUUAGAAAGUUGCUUAAAAUUGCAUGCUCUAUAUGAAUCGCGAAAGAAAACAUUUGGGUUCAGUGUCCCUUUAAAGGAACAUGAAUCACAUUAUUUUCUCUCUCAUGAUUCAGAUAGAGCAUAUCCAAUUUUCUUUAGAUUUUUAAAUUUACCUCAAUCUCAUGGUAUAGUUUGCUUUCGAACACACCUAGGUGUGCACAUGUCUGAAAAACUAUAUGGCAGCAGUUUUGGGACAAUGCUUUAUAGCUCUAGAUGGUGACAAAGGGAAUAAUCUGUGCUGGGCUUUAUGGUUUUUCAGAUUUUUAAGUUUUUUUAAAGCAACGUAGGUAUGGGUUUAUCUGUUAGUUCACUGACGUUUACAUCUCUACUCUUUUAGUUUUACUUCUAAUGUUUUGACAUUCUUACAUCUCUUGGGAAAACCUGCUAUGUUUUCAAACAUUACAUUAUUCUAUUGGAUUGUUGUAUAUAAACUUGGAAUAGUACAAUA